CACAACAGAAACUUCGUCGCCAUCGUCGCCAUCGACUGCAAAGAACCCGUCCACUCGUUGAUAUCUAUCAUACCUUGCAAUGAAGUCAUUUGCUAUUCUCUCCUUAUUUAUCACUGCUUCUUUGGCACAGUCUUCCUCCAGUCCCAAUCCUUACAUUCCUUCAGGAAUCAGUCAAGGUUGUUCAGACUAUUUGACUAGUCUGAACAGCAACAGCAGCUUCUCCUCCUGUACAACGCCGAUUACAUCUGCGACAUCUGCGUUCGCACCCGGGGUCAACUCGAGUGACAUCACCACGAGCCUUAUCAACACUGUAUUGAGCAACCUCUGCUCGGCAUCUGCAUUCGCUGCAUGCCCUGACAGCACUGUUCGUUCUCAGUUGUUGUCCUACUACUCGGCAUGCUCAACAGAGCUCACGACGAAUAUCAAUACCGAUGUCCUCAGGACUUACGAUGUUCUCUAUGUCCUGACGCCACUCAGAGAAGCCGUAUGCUCAAAAUCUGACAACGGGCAAUACUGUGUCACACAGCUGAACACCACGUCCAGCAGUUCUGCUGCUGGAAAUGUGGCUUUGGUGACCCCCAAUAAACAACAGGCGUUGCAGCAAUACCUGUAUACAACGUCUAAUAGUGGGGCUUCCGCACGUCGGGACGUCAGCAACUCCACCACUGCACUUAUUCCCAACACCACGACAUUCCAGGAUACCAAUCUCGUCUUCCUCUUCCUUGAUCCCAAAAUGAAUUCGACUCAACUCUGCACCACUUGCACACGCAACAUUCUCACGUCAUACAUCACGUUCGAGUCCAGCCUCCCUUACGCCCCAGGUCUGAGCAACAGCUUGCUGCUCGGUGGUCAGUCUACUCUUUACAAUGCCGUCACGACAACUUGCUCGAGUGGCUUCUUGAGUGGCGCUGUGCAGGCUGCCGGCGGCCUGUCCAGUGGUCUUCUCAGUGGCAGUCCCCGGUCAAUAAAUGCAGAUGUAUCGUUGCUCGUCAGUGCUAUCUUAGGUGCUGCAGGUCUUGCGGUCACAGCUUUCUGAGGCCUACACUAUACAAGUCUAGAAGACUCGUAGCUGAUAGUUGUGGAAUUUUGAUGGUUUGUUUAUGGUGACUGGAACGGACUUGUCUAUUAUUAUACCUGUUGCAAUUCCUCUUUAGACAAAUACUCUCCAGGCAUUAUCUUUGAAGUUAUUUGUCUUCUUCCCUUUCACUUUUUGAUCCUUGUGGACAUGGUGUGCUUGGAAUCCUUUCAGUCGUUUGCCCGGUAUCAAUUCGGCUCAAUAUACCAACGUACUCAUCUCAUUAAUGAUACAAUAAGCUUGUCGGCUGUGCCGCGAGGCCUUAGAAUUGUUCUAUACCUACAGUAUCCAAAUAAACAAGUGCAGUUCGCAAACGUA